AUGUCAGCUACGCGUGAAGUCGAAAAUGAUGAGGCGCAACGGCAGCAAAAAGAUGUCGAAAGCCAUGGACAGGCACCCGUCAGCGUUCUCCCCGAUGACAAGGUCACGCUGCAGGACUUUUGGGACAACAGAAGAGUCUUGAGCUUCUCGAACGUUAUCGGCAACGUGCUGGCAUUGUAUGCUUUCCUCAAACACUUCGGACACACGGUCAACGGCAUGUGUAUGAUCUCUGCGAGCGACCAGCAGAUCCUCAAUGCCGCCUCCACCAUAGGCAUCUUCACCUCCGCCUUUGCUACGGGCAUCCUGUCCGACGCCUUUGGCCGCAAGAGGGUGUUAGCGAUGGCGACCCUGAUCUGCACCGCCGGCAUCUUGACGCAGUACUUUGCCGAGACCAUCCCGAUCCUCUUCGGCGGCAAAGUCGUGGGAACUUUUGGGUUCGGGCUGGGCCACUCUUUAGGCCCCGUCUACAUGGCCGAGCUGGCCCCCGUCAGGCUCCGCGGCGUGUGCCUGGCUCUCGUCAAUACCAUGAUCGUCAUCGGCCAGUGGCUGAGCUCGGUCGCAGUGUACGCGGCAUCGGCGACCUACGCAGACGAAGCGCUGCAGAUGAUCCCCGUCAUCCUGCUCGUCGGUUCACUGACCGUCCUGCCCGAGUCGCCGUCGUGGCCUAUUCUUCACGACAGACCGGGGGAGGCCGCUGCGGCGUUUCACAAGUUCAACGGGUCCUAUAGGUUGGAUGUUGAUAAUGUCAUGGCCUAA